GAGACUCGUAAGUCAGAUAAUACCUACCUUAGUCUUCAGUAGUCCCGCGUGUUUUGUCCGCGACGGUCGCCAAUUUGUGAAGUGAAAGUGCGGUGAGCCUCGUGUAGGUAACUGUACCGGUCAAAUGAUCUAGAUCGAUUGGAGAUGCGCAAUAACUAAAACUUCAGAUAAUUUGAUAGCAAUACAGUAAAAAUCAUACAGGAUGCCGCGUCUAGAGCAACCCCCUCCAGAAGACUUCCGCAGGGUACUCCGGGAAAAAGCGCUAAACCACAGCCUGUUUUACCUCAAACUCGGCGCAGGAGUGUCACCCGACGACGCUCGCCAACCGCAGACUCCACGCAAAGCCAGUCUUGGCGCGCUCGCCGCGCCGACCGGCCGUGUGAGCAGGCACGCGCAACCCCGCGUCUCCGAACUGCUGAGGCGAUUCGAACCUGGCCCCAUGCAGUACCUACGGCUGCCUCGAGCCCAAUCCCCGUGCGAGGACAUCACCUCAUCAGACGACGACGACAGAGUCGCGGUCAGGCGCAGGAGUCGCGAUCUGAGCGAUGAUUCGGCCGUCGAGCUGGAGACGAGGCACCGAAGGCAUUCGCACCCCAGGGAGGUGACGCCGCCGCCUGAUGCUGUUAAUCCGAGGAGAGAGCGUACUCUGAUUGAGGCUCAUAUAGUAGAGUUGGGGAGGAGGAGUAGUGAGGGUAGCGAGAUCAGGGGGCGUUGUGUGCGGACGCCCAGUGUGGUGGUGAGCGACUACUCUGAUGGGGUGGCGGUGGGCGCGACGGAGGAGGAGGCGGACUGGCUCCGGGCCAGGUCGCUGUCCGCUGACUCCGCCUGCUCGUCGUGUUCCACGCUGUCCAGCAGAGACGAUGAGGAGUUCGAAUCUCCGACCAUGCCGAAAAAGAUGAUUAAUGCUGAUUGAGGGCUGGGUUGACUCCUGAGCGACCUUCGGCCCGAGGAAGUUUGGAGAUCUGCGCGUGCGCAUCCACUGUGGAAAUGAAUCUUUAACAGGAGACAAUCGGCCAUUAAUUUAGUUUUUGAUAUUUGUAAAGAUGAAAUUCUAAGC